AUGUAUACUACUGGGUUUAAACAAAAAAUAAAUACUAUUGUAUGUUUAAAUAUGGAAAAUCUAAGAAGUGUGGUUUUAAACAAUUUCAAGAAACUCCAUCGAACUCGUUUAAAAGUAUUCAAAGGAGAUUACCGUGCACAAACUGCAGCUCGAGUAAAAAUCAAUGAAGAAUAUAAGAAAAAUAAAACAGUCACGGAUGUUGAAGCAAUAAAGGCCAUGAUAAAGUUCAGUGAAGACAUAGAAAACGAGUUACGGACACAAGUAAUUCAAGCCAAAGAAAUAAAGCCUGGAGUAUUUGAAGCAAAAAUAACUGAAGAUACUGUAAAACUAGAUAAUGUACCUUUCGAUGAUAAUGCAAUACUACCAAAAAGGGGAAAGAGGAGACAAAACUGCUGUCAAGAGCAAGUUAAAGAUAAUUAA